AGUAGCUUUGCUGCCAACUAAAUGUAUCAGUGCUGCAGAGGGGACCUAGUUGAGGUUUUUGAGGUGGUUUUGAUGCCAAAAUGCCAACCCUCGAUGAGAUUUUAGAGCACAUUGGAGAAUUUGACAGGUUCCAGAAGCAAACCUUUUUUGUCCUAUGUUUGUUAUCUGUUUGCUUCACCCCAGUGUACGUGGGGGUCGUGUUCACCCCUGAGCAUCGCUGCUCAGGCAUCAGCUGCACUGACCCCCUGGGCAGCCUGGUGGGCAGUGGGAGCAGCGUGCCCCUCGGUCCCUGCCGGGAUGGCUGGGUCUACGACUCCCCAGGGAGCUCUCUCGUGACAGAGUUUGACCUGGUGUGUGAGGACUCCUGGAAGUUGGAUCUCUUUCAGUCUUCUGUGAACGCUGGUUUUUUUCUUGGCUCCAUAAAGAUUGGCUACAUUGCAGACAGGUUUGGCCGUAAAUUUUGCCUUUUAACAACAAUUGUUGUAAAUAUUGUGUGUGGAAUCCUUCUGGUCUUCGUGCCCACCUACCUGUGGAUAGUCAUCAUCCGGUUCUUGCAAGGGCUGGUCAGCAAGGGCUGCUGGACUGCAGGCUACAUCCUGGUGACAGAAGUGGUGGGCCCGGAUUACCGGAGGACGGUGGGCAUCCUCUACCAGGCGGCUUUCUCCGUCGGGCUCCUGCUCUUCGAUGCCAUCGCUUACGCCAUCCCUCACUGGCGGUGGCUGCAGCUGAUGGUCACCCUGCCGACCUGCUUCCUCCUGCUCUACUACUGGUGCCUCCCAGAGUCUCCCAGGUGGCUGAUAUCUCAAGGAAAAAAUGACAAAGCCAUGUACUAUGUACUGGCUCUUCCAUAGGAUAUUAAAUUUGAAGAGGAAGACUGUGGAAAGCAGAAUCCCUCACUGAUGGACCUCUUCAGGACACCACAGAUAAGAAGAAACACGCUCAUUUUGAUGUACAACUGGUUCACGAGCUCCAUCCUCUACCAGGGGCUCAUCAUGCACAUGGGAAUGGCUGCUGAGAACAUUUAUCUGGAUUUUCUCUAUUCUGCACUUGUUGAGUUCCCAGCUGCCUUCAUGAUCAUCAUCACUAUUGACCGUGUCGGGCGGCGCUACCCCUGGGCCGUGUCAAACCUGGUGGCUGGGGCCGCCUGCCUUGCCACAGCCCUCAUCCCAGAGGACAUGCAUUGGUUAAAAGUGAUAACUGCUUGCAUUGGGAGAAUGGGAAUUACUAUGGCUUUUGAAAUGGUUUGCUUUGUAAACACAGAACUGUAUCCAACUUAUAUCAGGAAUCUCGGGGUGAUGGUUUGCUCCUCUUUGUGUGAUAUUGGUGGAGUCAUCGUCCCCUUCAUUGUCUACAGACUGGUGGAGAUCUGGCACGAUCUGCCACUGAUUGUCUUCACUGUGCUUGGUUUGAUUGCGGGUGGAUUGGUGCUCCUUCUGCCUGAAACUAAAGGAAGAGUUUUGCCCGAGACUGUGGAGGAUGUUGAAAACUUUCACAGGAAAAGUGCUCCAAAGACCAAAAAUAUCUAUCUCCAUGUCCAAGGAUCAGAAGCAGGACGUGGCUGAAGAAGGCAUAACUCUUACUGGGUAGUGUGCUUUAGGGCAGUAGCGUGGAAAUGCCACUCAGAAUAAAUACCCUCUCAAAAA